AUGGCAAAUCACGACAUUUGUACAAAAACCAUGUGGGCGUUAUCAGUACCCCUAGCGGUUCUUCUAGUCCUAUUCAUAGCGCUAACUGCAUAUGCCACAUAUAGCUUCCACAUUUUCGUCCCGUUGGCACCGGACAACGACAUUGAUUGUGCUGAAAUGUUCAAUAAGUCAUCUGAAAAUUAUUUGAGCUAUAUCGAAAAUCGAACAGUUUUAGUGCCGACUAGAAAUGAUAAAAACUGCUUCCAAAUUCGACGCCGUCGCUAUCUUCCAUCAGAUAUGCCAAAAUCGAUGGCUGGCAAUCAUAAUAUGUUUUUCAUUCGGGUUGUUAAAAAAAUGUUCCGUCUUGGCGACUGUAUGGUCAAUGUCCUAGUGCCUCGUGAACUGUUCAACACUUCGACCGCCCAUGGAACGCUCAGUGCUCACCGCCGGUGCUUAAAAGAAAUCGACGAGUUUGAUUGGAAGCACGCAGUCAUAACAGCGGAGCACGACAUCCCUCUACAUAGCACUAAAUUUUUGUCCAGACGUUCCAGAAGGUUGAGGGAUAUGGUAGAAAUUAAUGGAGUUCAUUUCAAGGAGGAAACAUUGUUGAGUGCUGAUCCAAACGAUACUUCUAGUCAAUUAUACCAAGUCUCCCGAAACUGGAUCCAACACCUUUGCUCCAUGGCAACAAUUUCGCAUUCUCAACACAAAACCCUGUAUAAUUACCUAAUGAAAACCCCAGACUUCAAUUUACCAAGUGAUGAGCAUCGAGAAAUUCAUGUUCUAGAAAAAGGUUGUGACACAAAUCAGUACGACGUGGAUGGGUCCUGUUUGUACGCGAUGCAGGACUUCCCGGCGAUACGAAACACCACCCGUCUAUUCAUCCGCGCCGACCCGAACUACGACUUUGGAUUCAUCCAAUGCGUGCAUGAAGUGGUCUUCGAGAGAACCUUUUUCGAUCCGAUUUCCAAUAAAAAUGCCAUGAAUUAUCUUUAUGGAUCUCAUAAAAAUCUGAUAAAUGAUUAUAGAAAUUAG